AUGUCGCUGAACCCGAACAGCGCUGCGUUCAACCCGAACGCCGCGUCGUUCGUGCCUGGACAGCCUGCUGCGCCCGCCGCAGCCCCCGAGCAGCCCGCGGAGUCUUGGGAGGAUGCUCGGCCGUCCGAAGCUUCUGCAGCUGUCGAUGACGCCGCCUCGAAGAUGGAAGCCGUCAAACUCGAAGACAGUGCGAAGAAAGCGCCUGACGCUUCAGGCUCAGCUGCCCCGAAGCCAAAGCAGACGCAGGCAGAGGUGACCGAGGUGGACGUUCCCACGGAGCUCUCAGAGGACGACAAGAAGCGCAUUCAGACUGCGCUGGACCAGCUCAACGCAGAAGAUCCCAGGGAGCACGUCAACGUGGUCUUCAUCGGGCACGUCGACGCGGGGAAGAGCACGCUCGGGGGCAGGAUCCUGUUCCUCACGGGCGGCGUCGACGACCGGACGAUCGAGAAGUACGAGAAGGAGGCGAAGGAGAAGAACCGUGACUCGUGGUACAUGGCGUACAUCAUGGACACCAACGAGGAGGAGCGGGCGAAAGGCAAGACCGUCGAGGUCGGCCGCGCGCACUUCGCGACGGACAAGCGGCGCUACACGGUCCUGGACGCGCCCGGCCACAAGAACUACGUGCCCAACAUGAUCUCGGGGGCCGCGCAGGCCGACGUGGGCGUGAUGGUGAUCUCUGCGCGCAAAGGCGAGUUCGAGGCCGGGUUCGACCGCGGUGGACAGACGCGCGAGCACGCGCAGCUGGCGAAGACGCUGGGCGUUCAGAAGCUCAUCUGCGUCGUGAACAAGCUCGACGAGCCGUCGGUACUCACCCCAGAUGGCAAGUGGAGCAAGGAGCGCUACGACCAGAUCGUCGCCAAGAUGGGUCCCUUCCUGCGGUCGUGCGGCUACAAGCCAUCUGAGGUGGUCUUCCUGCCGUUGGCGGGCCUGCAUGGACACAACGUCGCCAAGAGGAUGUCGAAGGAUGUGUGCGACUUCUACGACGGGCCGUGCUUGUUCGAGGUGCUCGACGCCGUGGAGAUGCCUCCCCGAGACCCGCUGGCUGGCUUCCGGAUGCCCAUUAUGGACAAGUUCAAGGACCUGGGCUGUGUUGUGAUGGGCAAGAGCGAGCAAGGAAUCAUCCAGGUUGGCGACAACUUGAUGGUGAUGCCCAACAAAGUCCGGGUGAAGGUGUCAGCGCUCUGGCGCGACGAGGACGAAGUUCAGGCAGCAAGGCCUGGGGAGAACCUCAGGAUCAGGCUCCAAGGGAUUGAUGACGAGGACAUCCAACCAGGGUUUGUCCUGACGUGCAUGCAAGACCGGGUGCCGUGCACGAACCAGUUUGAAGCCCAGCUGGUGAUUCUGGACCUGCUCGAGCACAAGUCGCUGUUCACGCCGGGAUACAAGGCGGUGUGCCACAUCCACAGUGCCUGCGAGGACUGCGAGGUCACGAAGAUUGUGUACCAGCUCGACAUGAAGACGAAAGAGCAGAAGAAGGUGAAGUUUGCAAAGAGCGGCUCCAUCAUCAAGGCUCGACUGCUGCUGGAGAAAAUCACGUGCCUCGAGACCUUUGAGAGAGUGCCUCAGCUUGGUCGGUUCACGUUGCGCGACGAGGGGCGGACGAUCGCCAUCGGCAAAGUGACGAAGCUCCCCAAGACUGCCUACGGCAAGGGCAAGUAA